AUGAUAUUUUUAUUAUGCAUCUCAGCUGUUUUAGCUAGCUUUAAUACUUAAUAUGUAACUGAUUAAUUGGAAAUCCAACAAACCAAUUUGAAUAGUUCCAAAAGUUAUUUGUUGUCCCUGAUAAUUACUCAAUUACCAUAAAACAAUUAUUGCUUACCAUUGCUCUAAGUCAUCAUUAAUAACGAAACUCAUAAUGAUUCAUUAGCUUAUUCCAUUAAAGCUAAUAUUCAAAAAGUGUAUUUCAAUUCCACUGAUAACAUCACUAUCAAAGUUAGUUGUAAUAUGUUAGAGUACUUUUAAAAUCAAAAAAACAUCAAUAAAACAAUGCAUUUUAAUUUGACAAUGACGGAAGCAGUAAAUCUAAUUUCAAAUUUUUAGAAAUAACAUAUUUCACAACCAUGCCAGUUCCCUCAUUAUGGAUAGAAUUGCAGUCUUUCAAUUCAACAAAUCUAAAAAGAAUUUUCUGUAACAAUUCUAAUUCUUAACAAUACCUGGUUUUAUGCUUACACUAUUCUUGACAAUGACGAUUAUGAGGUAAUUGCUAUUUAAUUAUUUCCAGAUCUACGUACAAAAUGGUGAAUCCUUAUUUGGUAUUUCAAUCAUUUCAUUUAAUAAAGAGAAUGCUACUAGACUUCCAUCAUUUCUAUAAAAUCUCAUAGUUUUGGACUCUUAUAACAACGAUGAAAAUCAAAUUUCAUUACCAAAAACAGAAAAUAGUUAAGAAAGUAUAUACAUUAUUGGUUUAUACAAUUUCAAUUCCACUUAAAUUCAAGAAAUUACAAUCACGAUUACGUACAUAUACUAAAUUAAAGAUAGAGCUUCUGAUAAAAAUGAAGAUUUUCCAAUUUGGGCUACGAUACUUUUGAUAUCUAUUGUAAUCUUUGGUCUAUUGCUAUUUCUAAUAAUACUAUGUCAUUAUAAGCGAUAAUACAAAAAACUAACCUAAAUUAAACCAGCAUUAGAUAGGAAAGUACUAAAGAAAUACAUGCCACCUUAAAAAGUAGAUACGAAAAUGAGUACUGAUACUUGCUCAGUUUGUUUGGUCUAAUUUGAAUUAAAAGAGAAGUAUUGCAAGACUCCUUGCAAUCACUAUUUCCAUGAACAAUGCUUGUUAGAUUGGUAUAUUUAUAUUCUAUUGAAGGACAACAAAAUAAGCUAAUUGUCCAGUUUGUAGAUAAGGAUUACUGGAAAAUGAAAUUAAUGAAUUAAUGGAAGUUAAGAACAUUAGAAAUCGAUAAGUCGAAGAAUUAACUAUUAAAGAAGCUAUCAAAUAAAAGGAUGAUCCACCAUCACAAACAUACAGGGAUUUACCAUUUCUACAAUUAUCAUCUUCUCCUUUUAGAUCUUAGUGCAAAAUAGAAUUGGAUUGCUCUCCUUAAGCAGAGCAUUCACCACAAAUCAUUUAAUUUGAUGGAUCUCCUCAAAAUCUAACAAAUAGAAAUCUAUGUUUUUAAUCAGAUGGCAUUGUAGAAUCUUAAAAUUGA